AGACUCGGUCUUCCACAGUUUUUGGUGUAAACAGGCCGUUUAUUCUGAAGGCAGCUCUGCAUGAGCUUCCUCCACCUGUCGCCCUGCUGAGACAGGAAAUCCCAUUCCAGUGACUCCACCAACUCCUGCCACAUCUUCAAGCUCCCCCUCGGGGAAACUGUGUAAAUACUGUGUUGCCAGGUUGGAGAAAAGUCCACCUUCUAGCGGAAUGCUGUGGUGUUUUCCUGGCGUGCAAGCGGCUUGAUUUGAAGGAUAGAAGGAACCGGAUCUGGAUCCCGUGAUGAACACAAGUAUCAGCUGGAACGGAUUUUCAAAAGACGGUAGUGCUGAGGCUUAAACUGACUGACGAAGAUGAGAGAAGGGGGUUUGUUCAUUGAAUUUAUCCACCGUGAGAAUUUAUGAUGAGUAUUUUUCAGAUGUCAGAUCGCUGUUCGUCCUGGAAGCCAUAGCUGUGGAUUUAUGCAAAAACCACUUCCUCCUUCUACCGUCCUAAGGAUUGACGGUCUGGCCUGACAUCAUUGGCUGGUCGUUGGGAAUGAAUCAUCGCCUUCUUCAGGGGGGUCCAGGGAUGCUGUCACUGUCACUGCACCCUUAAAAUACCACAGACAAACCGACUCGUACACAAACCCACCCAGCCCCGGCGUGUCUCUGUUCUCUGAGAUUACUAAACUGUGUUUUCUUUGGAGCCAGCAUGGAGGAAAUAAUGCGCAAGCUGCAAAAAGACGCGUCCGGCCACAAGCACAAAGCUAUCCGCGAUGCCUGCGUCUACGCCUACGAAACCCUUGAGUCUCAGAAUGGACCAGCCAAGAUUUCUCCUUCACAACUUCGAGCGUGUUGUCUGCUGCCGCUACAGAUGGCUCUGGAGUCAAAAAACACCAAACUAGGACAGACGGCGCUUACUGGAAUGCAGAAGCUCCUGUGUGAGGACAGGUUUGUGGGCGGGGUCGGUGUGGAGGUAGAGGUGGAGGCUCUGGAGAAGCAGCUGCUCAGCCAGAUGUUGGAGGCCAUCAGAGUCACCCCAUCUCUCCAUGAAGACCUGCAGGUGGAAGUCAUGAAGGUCCUGCUGUGUAUCACCUACUCACCAAACUUUGAUAUUAAUGGAGACUCCAUUCUCCGGAUUGCUGAGGUGUGUAUCGAGACCUAUGUGUCCAGCUGUCACCAGCGCAGCAUCAACACGGCGGUCAGAGCCACGCUGAGCCAGAUACUGGGAGACCUGACGCUACAGCUACGACACAGACAAGAGGGUGCAGAUGGAGACGAGGUGACUGCACUGCCACUGCACAGAAGAGAUAUUUCUCCUACCAGCCAGGCUCUGUGUGAAGAUGUGGUGAUGGUUCUGACAGUUUUCUGUGAAAAACUGGAGUCGGUAGACAGCGGCAAUCAGCUCCUGCAGCUUCUCUACCUGGAGUGCAUCCUCUCUAUGCUCAGCAGCUGUCCUCCCACAAUGCACCUGUCCAGGGGUUUCACCGACCUUGUAUGGAAGCAGCUGUGUCCAUCCCUCGUGGCUAUAAUGGGAAAUCCUAUCAAUGACAAAACCAUCGCUUCCCAUCACGGCUACAUGGCGCCAGACCGAGACCGGUUCUCAGACAGACUCAGUCUAGGGAUAAACCAGGAUGUGGACCCCUGCGGUGGAGGGGUCUCUGAUCAAGGCAGAGGGUCCGGCUGUUCCUCCAACGCCCCCGCCAGGAUCGCACCGGUAGUGCGGACUGUGUGUUACAUCGCCGCAGAGCUUGUGCGUCUGGUGAGCUGCGUGGAGUCGAUGAAACCGGUGCUGCAGUCGCUCUACCACAGAAUCCUGCUUUACCCGCCUCCUCAGCACCGCACCGAGGCCAUCCGCAUCAUGAAGGAGAUUCUGGGCAGUCCCCAGCGACUGUAUGACUUGGCUGGUCCGUGCGUGGCUGAGCCUGAAACCAGGAAGCGCUCCUUCUCAAAGAGGAAGUCCCACCUGGACCUGCUAAAACUAGUGAUGGACGGGAUGACAGAGGCCUGUAUGAAAGGAGGCAUCGAGGCGUGUUACUCUUCGGUCUCCUGUGCCUGCGCUCUCCUCGGAGCCCUGGAUGAACUUUCGCAUGGCCGCGGCAUCCAAACUGAACAGGCUCGGCUUCUCCUCAGACGUCUGGAUGAUCUGAAAGAUGGGACAGAGUCGACACGCGAGUCCAUGGAGAUCAACGAGGCCGACUUCAGAUGGCAGAGACACAUCCUGUCCUCUGAGCAGGUUCCCUUGGACCCCAGCUCCUCUUCCUCCAACAUGGCCACCACCGGGGCCACCGAGCCCAGCCCUGACAUUAGCAUCAGCAUCACCACUGAAACAGGCCAAACCACCCUGGAUCUGGAGGUAGGGGAGCUCGGACUGGGUUGCACCGCUCCCGAGGAGUGUGGGGAGGACACACGCCUCCCCUCGCCCUCAUCCUGUGGCGGCCAGGAGGGGACCAAACGGGAACUGAGUCUCGAGCCGGAUCAGGGGAGCCAACAGGAGGAGGGAGGAGGUGCAGUGGAGGUCGAGGCGAGAGGAGAGAAAGUAAAAGCCGGAGGUGGUGGUGGUGGUGGUGGUGGAGGAGUAGGAGGGGGAGAAAGGGGAGGGGCGGUUCCUCCAGAUGUGGUGCAGAGAAGUCACGCCCUCGUCUACCCCGACAUCACUAACUUCCUGUCUGUGGAGUCCAGGGCCAGGUCACACCACGGAGGGGGGUCACGAUACAGCGAGAGCAACUUCAGCAUGGAAGAGCAGGACUUGUCGCGGACAGAGUUUGACUCGUGUGACCAGUAUUCCAUGGCUGCUGAGAAGGACUCGGGGCGCUCCGAUGUGUCUGACAUCGGCUCUGACAACGUCUCGCUGGCUGACGAGGAGCAGCAGACCCCUCGCGACUGCCCGGGCCAGCGCUCCCUGCGCACCGCCGCCCUGUCCCUCAAACUGCUCCGCAACCAGGAGGCCGACCAGCAGAGCGCCAGAAUGUUCGUCCAGUCACUUGCAGCACUGCUUCCCCGUCUACUGGGAUUGGCCACCGCCACGGAGGUGGACCUGUCACUGCAAAACUUCUCCUCCACCUUUUGCUCCGGGCUGCAGGCUGGUGGGAUCCACUCUCCAGGUUUUGAGACAGGUGACACUCUGAGCUGUCAGUCUCUGAUGAACGCAGAUGGUCUCUACCUGGUGUCGUACUACGCUCUACUGCUCAACCUCAAACUUUGCUGCUGUGACUACUACAGACGGCGAACGCUCACCCCCGUUCUCAGCCUGAAGGAGUUUGUGCGUCUGAUCCAGAGCAGCGGGGUCCUUGUGUUUCUGUCUCAGGCCUGGAUCGAAGAGCUUUACCACAAAGUGUUGGAGCGCAACCUGCUGGCCGAGGCUGGGUACUGGUGCUCACCGGACGACCACACACUGCCGCUCAUGACCAUGCUGACAGAUAUUGACGGACUGGGCAGCAGUGCGAUUGGAGGGCAGCUGAUCAGGAGGGCGUCCAGCAGAUCACCAAUCAGCUGCGACAAGGCUGGCAGUGACACUGUGAUGGCAGGAGCCGUGUUCGCCCGCUUCAUCCUCACCGGCGUGUGGAAGAACCUGAUGGAUGUGCUGUCCACGCCGCUGACGGGCCGCAUGGCGGGCAGCUCCAAGGGCCUGGCCUUCAUCCUGGGAGCAGAGGGGAUCAAAGAGCAGAGCCAGAGGGAGAGAGACACCAUCUGUCUGAGUUUAGACGGCCUACGCAAAGCUGCUGCUCUCAGCUGCGCCUUGGGAGUGGCGGCCAACUGUGCUUCAGCUUUAGCCCAGAUGGCCGCGGCCUCCUGUGUGCAAGAAGAGAAGGAGGAGAAGGAGGUGGGAGAGACGGGAGACGCCAUCACACAAGUGAAGCAGCGUGUCGAGCAGCGCCUGGAGCAGAUCAGUCGUCCUCAGGGAGUUCGCCUCCACACCGCUCAUGUGUUGUGUAUGGAUGCCAUCCUGAACGUAGGACUGGAGAUGGGUAGCCACAACCACGACUGCUGGCCUCAUGUGUUCAGGGUGACGGAGUACAUCAGUUCACUGGAGCACACCCACUUCAGCGACGGCUCCUCACAAUCGUCCUCUUUGACCACUAUCACCCAGCAGAGCCACCAGGUGGCUGGGGUGGACCUGGGGCUGGAGAUGAGCUGCGAGCCCAGCCCGGAGGCCUCGGAGCUGGGCCUGAGCCAGCCAGUCAUCCAGCCUCUGUCCAUCCAGGAGCUGCUGAGGGAGAGCAGCAGAGGAGGCCGAGGUCUGGACCUAAAGGGCGGCAGCCUGAUGACCGGGACCAGUGCUGCCAAGGCUGUGUGUACGCUGUCAACACAGGCUGACAGGUUGUUUGAAGAAGCAACUACCAAGCUGAACCUGGUUGGUCUGGUCGGCUUCUUACAGCAGCUCAGGAAAGCUUCUCAGUCUCAGCUGUUUGACUCUGUUACUGAGACUGGAGAUUAUUCACUGGCAAUGCCAGGAGAGGCCAAGUCUACGCUGGACAGACGCAGUGCUCUCCAUCUCUUCCGUCUGGGCGAGGCCAUGCUGCGGAUCGUCAGGAACAAGAACCGACCUCUGCUCCACAUGAUGAGGGCCUGGAGCGUUGUGGCUGCACAUCUGGUGGAGGCGUCAUGUCACAAGGAGCGCCACGUAUCCCAGAAGGCCGUUUCCUUCAUCCAUGAUGUUCUGACGGAGGUGCUGACGAGCUGGGCGGAGCUUCCGCACUUCCACUUCAACGAGGCGCUGUUCAGGCCCUUCGAGCAUAUCAUGCAGCUGGAGCUCUGUGAUGAGGACGUACAGGACCAGGUGAUAACUUCAAUAGGCGAGCUGGUGGAGAUGUGUUCCCCUCAGAUCCUGUCAGGAUGGAGGCCUCUGUUCAGCGCACUGAGGACCGUCCACAGCAGCAAGACCGACACCAAAGACUACUUGCUGGGAGAAUACUCCAUGGGGAAGUCCCAGGCUCCAGUGUUCGAUGUCUUUGAGGCUUUCAUCAACACUGAUAACAUCCAGGUUUUUGCCAAUGCUGCCACUGACUACAUCAUGUGCCUCAUGAAGUUCGUCAAGGGCCUAGGAGAGGUGGACUAUAAAGAGAUUGGAGACUGUGUCCAUGUGUCAGGUUUCAGCUCCACUGACCUCUGCCUGCCCGCUCUUGACUACCUUCGCAAAUGUUCGCAGCUGCUGGCAAAGAUCUACAAGAUGCAGUCCAAGCCGGUGUUCUUGGGGGCGAGGCUCGCCAGCCUGCCAAUGAGAUCACAGGAACGCUCAAUCAGCGCUGAGGACGGGAUGGACUGUGUCCUGCAGGAGUUUGAUGAUGACACAGGUCUGAUCCAGGUGUGGAUUUUGUUACUGGAGCAGCUCACAGCAGCAGUGUCAAACUGUCCUCGCCAACACCAGCCUCCAACCCUGGAGCUGCUCUUCACUCUGCUCAGAGAGGUCACCAGUGUACCAGGUCCAGGGUUCGCCAUCUUCUCCGUCAUCCAGCUCCUGCUUCCUGUGAUGUCACUGUGGCUGCAGCGAAGCCAUGGCGACCACUCCUACUGGGAUGUAGCAGCUGCAAACUUCAAACAUGCCAUUGGGCUGUGCUGCGAGCUGGUGGUGGAGCAUGUCAACAGUUUCAUACACUCAGAUAUUGGUUACGAGUCUCUGAUCAACCUGAUGUUGAAGGAUCUGUUCAAGCUUCUGGUGGCCUGUGUGUCUGAACCUGCAGAGACCAUCUCCAGAGUGGGCUGCUCCUGCAUCAGGUAUGUUUUGGUCACAGUGGGUCCAGUGUUCACAGAAGAAAUGUGGAGGUUGGCCUGCUGUGCUCUGCAGGAUGCUUUCUCUGCUACGUUAGAGCCUGUCAAGAACCUUCUGGCCUGUUUUCAUAGCGGUUCAGACAGUUUUUCUGGAGACGCCUGCGAAGUGAAGGUGGCGGCUCCGUCCCACUCUCCUUCUGCUGAGGCUGAGUACUGGAGGAUCAAAGCAAUGGCUCAGCAGGUCUUUAUGUUGGACACCCAGUGCUCCCCAAAGACGCCCAACAACAAGGAGGGCUUUGAGCACGCUCAGUCGUGCGUUCUCAUCAUCGAGCUGCCAUCUGACCAGCAGUCCAACGGGCACACUCAGAAGAGGAUCCCGUUCAGGACCAUCGUGGUGAGCCUGCUGUCCCACCAGGUCCUUCUCCAAAACCUCUAUGACAUCCUGCUGGAGGAGUUGUCAAGCAGCCAAGGUCACGAAAGGGUCACACCUGUAACCUCUGACCCCAGCAGAACCACAGCAGGCUUCCUGCGCUACAUCUCCAUGACUAAUUUAGCCAUAAUCCUGGAUCUGCUGCUGGACUCUUACAGGACAGCGCGGGACUUUGACACUCGGCCGGGUCUAAAGUACCUGCUGAUGAAGGUGUCGGGUGUUUGUGGUGCAGCUAAUCUUUAUCGUCAGUCUGCCAUGAGCUUCAACCUGUACUUCCAGGCCCUGCUGUGUGCCACACUGAGCCAAGCCGACAGCAUGACCGCACAGCAGGUGAAGAGGAUCCUGUAUGAGGAAGAGGAAGGGAGCUCUGACUCCUCUCACCCUGGCUCUGCCUCGUCAGAGGACGAAGAUAUCUUUGAAGAAACAGCACAGGUCAGCCCCCCUCGCGGCCGGGAUAAACGUCAUCACUGGCGAGCCCCCAUCCCAUCUCUCAGCGUGCAGCCGCUGGGCAGCGCAGACUGGGCCUGGCUGGUCAAACGCCUCUACAAGCUGUGCAUGGAUCUGUGCAACAGCUAUAUCCAAAUGCACCGGGACCUGGAGAACACCCUGGAGGAGACGGCAUUGCUGAGGGGAGGAGCAGGAGGAGAUCACGUCUUCUUCCUGCCUCUCUUUCCGUCUGAGACUUCCACGCCUACGUCAGCCGGUGGUCUUUCGGCGAGGGGGACACCAUCAGAGGACGGCGGGUACAGGUGUCAGGCCGCGGACAUGAGUGCAGCAUCCCAGGAGACACGCCCACACCCAGCCCAGGAUACAGUCAUCUGUCCAAUGAAAGCGACCAUUUCUUCUCUUCACAGCAGUACAGGCAGUCUGCCCCACCACUUCCGGACUGGAGGCGAGAGGAGGGACUCCGGCAUCACAGGAAGCUCAGUAGGAGGAGCUCCUAGCAGCGCUGGACCGGGAAGGAGAAAAGAAUGGUGGGAAAGCGCUGGGAACAAACUGUACACCAUUGCCACAGAUAAAACCAUCAGCAAGCUGAUGAUGGAGUACAAACGCCGGAAACAGCAGCAGCAGCAGCCACAGCAGUGCCAUGUCAACCUGUUCAUGAAGGAGCAGGGUCGUGGGGGGGCAACAGGAGGAGGUGUCGGGGAGACACAAAGGCCCCCGCAGAGGCCCCAGCAUCUGGUGGACCAGCAGGGUCCGCCUUUGAGGCACUCAGUCAGUGCAGGACCUGAGGUCCUAAGGCAGGAAAAAAGACAACGGUCAGGAUCCACCAUCAGCUCCCACAGCAUCUCACUGAGGGACUCCGAGGCUCAGAUACAGGCGUGGACCAACAUGGUCUUGACUCUCCUCAAUCAGGUCCUCCUCCUGUCAGAUCCCUCCUUCCUGGCGCUCCAGCCAGCGCUCUACCCCUGCCUCAUCCAGCUCUCGUGCCACGUGACCGACGCCCGCGUCCGCCAGGCACUGCGCGAGUGGCUGGGCCGCGUCGGCAGGCUCUAUGACAUCAUUCUGUGACACUGCAUCAAAGAAAUGCAAAACCAUGGGAUGAAGGGAUGCAGUCGGUUGGUCAGUGAAGGAUGUAAACAGAAAGAUUUAGAUUGGUUUGGUGCCAUCAUGUGAUGGUGCCGCUAUGUGGUAGAUUAAUGAAGGGUGCGACUGACUGAUGACGCAAUGCAAAGGGAGAGAAAUGGCUGUGACAUCGUAACAUCAAAAUGUAACAGAGUAGUUGAACAAUAACGGGCUUAACAGAGUGAUCAGAAAACUGAUUAGUAGUGUUUGAUAUCGUAUGGAUUUAUGGCUCUUUUGAAGAAGAGGGAGGACAUUGGCGACCAUCAUAUGACAUUAAGUUGAAGGAUUUGAUUGGCCAAUGAAGGAAGUGGUGAGAAGAAUGAAGGAUUUAGUUGGUUUGUGAAGGAUUCUUUGUAUAAUGGAAAGGAUUUGAUUGUGAAUGUGCCAUUUCUGCCUCUUCAGUUCACACACACACACUGUCAAAGCUUUAAAAUAUGAAUUGAUUUUCAGUUUUGAAAAACUGAUCUGCAGAACUGCUCAUUAUCUUGUCAUAGUAUUGUCAGUGUGCUCCCUCUAAGGUGAUAAAUACUUUGCUUCAUCCUAAUGUGGAUACAAACAUAAAUGUACAGAUGUGCAAUGAAAUACGAUUAUUGUAGUUCACAUGCAUACUUUUUUUCCCUGGACUGCAUUAACACUUUUUAAAAAGGUACGCUGUGGAGUUUUCUUGAAAAAUGAGCUGUAUUUACAUUCAGAGUAUAGCUAAAUUUCGUAGCACGCUACUGUCAUAAACUGUUGGUGAGUUAAUUAAUAUAAAAAGAGAUUUUUCCAGCAGGUUUCUGUCCAUGUAAUGUUUCACCUGCUCAACAUCUCAUGUUUUAUAGCGUCCAUACACUAACUGAACACAUGUACUGCCUUUUGCAGUCAGCAGGAAUGUGUAUCACAUCAUCAUUGUGUGCAUACAUGCAAGUGCUAGUAGAGCAUGAGAUACAUAAAAAACAAAGACCCGCUCAUCAAAAACUCUGUUGUGAAAAUCUUUUACAUCCUUGGCCGUAUGUUCUUCUGUGUUUUGACCAUCACUAUAACUGGUUAUGAUAACGAUGGGGAAUGACAAUAGGAACUGUGGGUGGCUUACCAAUUCACUUCAACUUCAGGAAAAGUAUGCUAUGUCUGCCCUACAAUCUUUGACUGACAGCGAAUCUGAGAAAUUUUAUGCAUGAACACCCCAGCGCCAGACCACUAGCAUUAGAAAUAGGGUUCAACGAUUUGGGGAAAAAAUCUAAUUGCGAUUUUUCGAUUAAGAUUGGAUUUGUGAUUUUUUUUAUUUUUUUUUUAUUGAAGUUUUGCUAAAGUUCAAUAUUGACUGCCAGUCUAUUUUUGACUGAAGCCACAUCAAGCAGCACAGAACAGAUGAACCAGGCAGGAAGUCAAACACAGAACGGCAUAGAGAAUCGGGUCAAUUUUCAAAAUAAAACACCUUUUGCAGACUCCCGACCGUACAUCAACAAUGAACACAGUUAAAACAGAGAAAAAAAGAAACAAUUUAACUAAGUAGCGUACUUAACCAUAGUAGAAGCACAAAAAUCAAGGACAAUUGAACAACUAAGCAAAAUCUGAACAAGUCAGCAAAAUCAGACAGGCAAAAUGCUCUUAUUCUGAAAUGCUCCAUGUGCCUAUGUAAUGUUAGCCUACUGAAAGAGGAGCGAAACAGGCUCACAGAGAGCUGUAAUCAGGAGCUGAAGUACACAAAUUAACAACACAUCAACAACGUAGGGCAGGCUAAACACUCUGCUGCUGAAACAGUGUGAGUUGACGCCAGACAGAUCCGCGGCACAGCCGCUGCCUGUGUCGGUUCGGCUAGCGCCAUUAACACGUUUUCCUCCACUUCUGUUUGUUGUUGUAAAAUGUACACGCCCUGUGCCCUCUCUGAUUGGUGAGUAGGACCGUAACAGGAGGAGCAUGGCGCUUGUGAUUGGCGAGCAGAUCUGUCAUACAAGGACAAA